AUGACGAAGGAGGAAGAGUUCGAGUUCUACAAGAAGAAGAUGGAGCAGCUCAACCGCGAGAAGGAGGAUACCAACGCUCGAUUCCUCAAGGAGGAGCGCGAGAAGCAGAAGCUGGACAAGCAACACAAGAAGCCAUCGCUGCUCACCUUUUUCAAGGGCGGAGAGGAGGAAGAGGACGAGUUCGCGAUCGGCGCGCCGCAGGGGUUCAAGCACGAAUCGCACAUUGGCUGGACUCCCGAAGGCGGCUUUGAUAUCUUCAACGUUCCGAAUGAAUGGAAGAAGCUGAUGUCCAAGGCCGGAGUCACCGAGGAGCAGAUGCAGGACAAGGAGACCGCCAUGUUCAUCGUCUCCUUCGUCGCUAGUACUCUCGGAAACCAGCAGGGUGGACAAGCAGCGGCGCAGGCGCCCGCGGCUCGUCCCGUGCAAGUGGAAGAGCGAAGGGAAGGUGAAGGUGAAGCGGAGGUGCAAGUCAGCCCCAACGAGAACUCUCAGGCGGAACAGGAGCGCCCAGGAGAAGAAGAGGAGUCCAUACCGUCAGCUCCUCCUGCUCCGGUUGCGCCCGCUCCGGCCCAGCCCACUCUCGGAGGUUCCUCGGCGCCUCCACCGCCUCCGGUCCUCCGGCCUUCGGUGGCGGACGAAGGCUCGUCGGGCGACAUGUUCUCGGCGAUCCGCGGCGGUGUGGCACUGAAGAAGGUCGCAGCGCUGCCCGAUGUCAAGAACCUGUCCGUGCAGGAAGAGGACUCCAUCGCGGGAGCCCUAGCGCGAGCGCUGCAGAGCCGGCGAUUCGCGAUCAGAGAAGAGGAGGAAGAGCCGGAGGAGGAAGACAACGGCGAGUGGGACGACUGA